AUGUCUACCGAAGUAUCAAACAAUGGUGUGAUUUUCACCAAAGCUAUUAACUUGGGAAUACCAGAAAUCGAUAAACACUUUAAAUACAUCAAACGAAAGAUUAAAAUUUCCCCAGAUGUAUUGGAAAAAGAUGAAAUUUUAGUCAGAAAUGUUUAUUUGUCCCUCGAUCCACAUUUGCGUAACCUUAUGAGAUCAGAUUAUAAUUUAGUUGAACCGUUUAUUGAAGGAAAUGUCAUGAAAGCUAGUGGUAUUGGCAUUGUGGUUUACAGCAAUAAUGAUCAAUGGAAAGAAGGAGAUGUAUUCUUGGGUUGGGAAGAGUAUAGCAAAAUUUCUCCUGAUGAAGCGAAAAAUGGUUUAUUUUUCAAAAAAUACCUUAAAGAAGCAAAAAAUGAUGGUAAUUCACUUAGUUAUUUUCUUGGAAUAUUGGGUAUGACAGGUUUUACCGCUUAUGUCGGUUUAUAUGUAUUUGCAAAGCCAAAAAAAGAUGAAACUAUCUUUAUCUCGGCUGCAGCAGGAGCUGUUGGCCAAGUCUUAGGACAAAUUUCAAAAAUUAAUGGAUUGAGAGUUAUUGGAUCAGCUGGUAGUGAUACUAAAGUCGAUUAUUUAUUAAAAGAAUUAAAAUUUGAUGACGCUUUUAAUUAUAAAAAAAUCAAUACUGAUCAAGCGUUAAAAGAAACUUGUCCUAACGGAAUUGAUAUUUAUUUUGAUAACGUUGGCGGGGAAACACUUGAUAUAGCUUUAACUCAUUUAAAUGUCAAAGCACGUGUAAUUUCAUGUGGAAUGAUUUCUCAAUAUAAUUCAACAACAAAAUAUGGUGUUAAAAAUCUCUCGGUACUUGUAAGUAAAAGAAUUACAAUAUAUGGAAUGUUGAUAUUCGAUCAUUAUGAAGAGCAUUAUGAUUCAUUCCAAAAAGAGAUGAUACCAUGGUUGAAAGAAGGUAAAUUGAAAUAUAAAGAACACGUAGUUAACGGUAUUGAAAACGCUCCACAAGCUUUCUUAAAUAUAUUUAAUGGUAAAAAUUUUGGUAAGGUUGUUAUAAAAAUUAAUGAUUUGUAA